CAGCCUUCUGCAAACACUUGCAGAAGCUGUUAUCUCCUCAGUUUCGCACCCCAAACCUCGCAUGGAAUGGAAACCCCACCCACGUCCCAGGGGCCCCCCCAUCGGAUCGAUCUAUAGUUCAUCGCCCGAUCUUCAAAAACAAAAACAAAAUAACAAGCCAAUCCCCCCACAGCCCGUCAACUUCCGCCAGGAGUUUUUCCGGUGUACGAGGCGAGGGUGAGACCGGAAUGCCCUCUCACCCCCUGCCCCUACCACUUCCAUGGGGACCCUUACCUUAAGGGAAUUUAGAGAACUACUCGAAGCGGUAACACCCGUACUGUACAAGUACCGUACGGGACGAGAAGACGCCUCCAAUCUUCUAGUUUCCCCCUCCCCCCCGUCUGUCACCCACACUCACUCCCCUCCCCGGAUGGAUUUUGACUUGCCUUGUUCCAGUUGGCCUGUGCUCUUUUGUUUCCUUAUUCCUGCGGCUCUGGGGCGGCCGUGGGGGAUACGGGGCACAUACGGGUAUAGUGGAACAGGAUUGGGCGAAGCAGCACCAAGCGUGAAGCUUAUCAGCCCAGUGAUAACCGCAAGAAUGAAACUGACAGGACGCUACGGGAUAUCUGACCAAAAAGCAAUGUCCAGCUAUCCAAGCGAUGUGUUCCAAUACAAUCCUCCAAUCUCUACUCCAUUCUCAGCGGCACACGUUUUUUCAUUAUCAUACCUUUUCUACAGAAUUCUGAUAUCAAUUCAAGAUCAACCUUUACUUUUUCAUCAUUAUUUCCCCUCUCUCCUCCUCUAUGACAUCCUCCAUCAGAUAUUGGUACAGGUAAGCGGCUCCCCUAUCAUCUUUCUCCCACCACACGCUUGA